AUGGCAUCCAUGAGUACGGGAAACACGCCAACCAUCACAGAUGAUAUGAGCAAGCCUCCUGAGGGAGUGGUCUUGCCACCAAAGGACAUUCGAGCAAUUGUUGAAAAGACGGCUGGGUAUGUCACUCGAAAUGGGGCUGUCUUUGAAGACCGUGUUCGCGAAAAAGAACGGAACAACCCCAAGUUCUCCUUCCUAAAUCCGAAUGACCCGUAUGCACCAUUCUACCAAUGGCGUCUAAGUGAAAUCAAGGAAGGGAGAGGGACUGAUGUGUCUGCUGGCCGCGCAGGCGAGCCAACUCCGACUCCAGCACCCGAAGCACCGAAAGGGCCUGCAGAGCCCCCAGAGUUUCACUUUUCAGCUCGAAUGCCUAUCAUCAACGCUCAGGACUUGGAGGUUGUUAGACUCACAGCACUCUUUGUGGCCAGACGGGGGAAAUCUUUCAUGACUGCCCUGUCACAGCGCGAGGCCCGGAACUUCCAGUUCGACUUCCUUCGCCCACAACACAGUCUGUAUCAGUUCUUUACGCGAUUGGUCGACCAGUAUACUAUACUCCUGCGGCCCGAGGGCGUGGAUAGUGCUACAUCUGAGAAGAAGAGAAUCGCGGAGCUGGAACAGAACGUCAAGAACAAAUUCCACAUUCUGGAACGGGCAAAGCAGCGUGCAGAGUGGGUCAAAUAUCAAGAGCAACAGAAACAGAAGAAAGAGGAGGAGGAAGAGAAUGAGCGGAUAGAAUAUGCCCAGAUCGAUUGGCACGACUUUGUGGUCGUGGAAACAGUUCUCUUCACCGAAGCGGACGAUCAGGUUGACCUCCCCCCGCCAACCUCUCUCAACGACCUGCAAUCCGCCUCGCUAGAACAGAAAGCGAUGAUCUCGCUAAACCCUCUCCGCAUCGAAGAAGCUAUGCCCACCGACUUGGAUGCACCCACAUACUACAACGCCUACCCCACGCAACCCGAGCCUCAACCUGUCGUCCAACCAGCCGGUCCAUCAUUUCCUUCACAGCCGAUGCCGCAACCGAUUCCCCUUCCCUCUGCUGCCGCCACAGCCGCUGCCCAAGAAGAAGAGCAAAGAAUCCGCGAGCGCAUGGAAACCCGCGACCAAGCGGCUACAGCCAAAUCGAUCCCCACCCAACAACCAAUGCGCAUCCGCUCCGACUACGUCCCCCGCGCACAAGCCCGUCGCAUCAACCCAGCCGGCGCCAUGGCCCUCUGUCCAAACUGCAAGCAGCAGAUCCCCGAAGCCGAACUGCAGCAACACAUGCGCAUCGAGAUGCUCGACCCGCGCUGGCGAGAACAGCAGGCCAAGGCCCAGGCUCGAACGGCUACAACCAACCUUUCCACAGCCGAUGUGGUUGGCAAUCUGAAACGACUAGCCAGCCAACGCAGCGAUGUUUUCGACUCUACUGCCCUCCAGGGUAUUCCUGAUCCAGAGGAAGAGGCGAGGAAGAAGCGUAUGGCUUAUGAAGGCAUACCAGGGGCUGGGCCUAUGCAACACCAACAACCGCCUCCGGUGGGGCCAAUGGGUGGCCCGCAGAAUCCCCAGAACAUGAACAUUGAGGAGCAGAUUAGACACCUUCAUGAGCGCUAUAAGCAAUGA